AUGACCGACUCGGGGUCUUCCCUCGAAGAUGGCACCCAAAAGACUCCCGUGCCGGAGACGAAGAAUACUUCUGAAAAUGACGCAAAACCUGCCGAUGGAAUCACUGGACUAUACGAGGGAAAUGUGUUUGACGCAUCGCCGGAUAGUCGCCGCCAGAUCGGGGUGAUCAGCGCUUCCAUGCUGAUCUUCAAUCGUGUUGUUGGAACUGGCAUUUUUGCGACACCGAGUACUAUCUUGCAGUUGUCAGGCAGUGUCGGGUUAUCUCUGUUCUUGUGGGUAAUUGGGACUGCCAUCGCAAUGGCCGGUACAGCGGUUUACCUUGAAUGGGGGACUGCCAUUCCCAAGAACGGAGGCGAAAAAAACUAUCUCGAAUAUGUCUUCAAGAAACCCAAACUCCUAGCCACGGCCAUGUUUGCCGCCUACGCCUUCCUACUAGGCUGGGCUGCCAGCAACAGCGUCGUCUUUGGUGAGUAUAUUCUCAAUGCAGCUGAGAUCGAGCCUGGUCGAUGGAAUCAACGAGGCAUUGGCCUUGCAUGUCUCACUACUGCAUUCCUCAUCCAUGCGACUGCUCUCAAAUGGGGUCUUCGUCUUUCGAAUUUCCUGGGUGUCAUUAAGUUGAUCAUCAUGUUGCUCAUUAUUGUUACCGGCUGGGUCGCGCUGGCUGGCCAUACCAAGAUCAAAACACCGCAUAACUUUACCAACGCUUUUGAAGGUACAAAGGGGAGUGGUUACAACAUUGUCAUGGCACUGUACAAUGUGAUCUGGUCGUUCAUCGGCUAUUCCAAUGCCAACUACGUUUUGAGUGAGACGAAGAAUCCAGUUCGCACGCUGAAGAUUGCGGCGCCGGUGGCUAUCGGCUUAGUGGGAAUUCUGUACAUGCUGGUCAAUAUUGCCUACUUCGCGGCCGUACCCAAAGAGCAGAUCCUGAACUCUGGUACUGUUGUUGCCGCUAACUUCUUUGGAAAUAUGUUUGGCAAAAAGGCCGAGAGAGUGAUGUCGGUCUUUGUAGCCCUGUCCGCCUUUGGUAAUGUUUUGUCUGUUCUUUUUUCGCAAGGUCGAAUUGUUCAGGAACUGGGUCGUGAAGGUGUCCUGCCCUUCUCCAAGCUUUGGGCUAGCAAUUGGCCCUUCCACUCUCCGGCUGCAGGACUGUUUGAGCACUAUCUCGUAUCGGCCGUUAUUAUGCUCGCACCACCUCCUGGUGACGCCUAUAACUUCUUGCUCAAGUAUUCUCAUCUCCUACCCUCUCUCAAUUAUCAACGUCUUUGUCUCCGGUGGUCUCAUUUAUAUCUACGUCUCCAAAAAGAGAAAUUCCCAGACUGGGCUCCUGGAAUACGCGCAACACUCCCAGUCGUCGUUUUCUUCUUCUUGUCGAAUAUUUAUCUGGUUAUUGCGCCGUACAUUCCACCCUCGGCUGACCAGAGCGUCUACAAAGAGCUGCCUUACUAUCUUCAUUGUGUGGUCGCACUGGGCGUUUUCGCUCUUGGCGCCCUUUAUUAUCUUCUUUGGGCGGUCGUGCUGCCUCGGCUGGGUGGAUAUGUCCUGGUUAAGGAGUCCGUCGUGGACAAGGACGGGUGGUCGCGCAGUGUGUUGACACGAAUGCCAGUCUCUGGGAGGCCCUAG